UUGGCUGAUUGCCCACCUAACGUUCUGACCCGGUUGCACAGGAACUUGGUGGGUUGACGGUUGACUUAGGAAUUCGCAUCUUCAUCUCCUGCUUUUGAAUUAGAGAAACCCACUCUUAUCCUAGUUUCUAGGUUUUCAAAUUUCAGUUUCUGCAAACACUACAGUUGCUAGCUGUCCAUAACUAUGCCUCAAAUUUACUUCACUCGUAAAUCGCAGAAUCGAACUGAAACGUAUUUCGCGGAGAUGCCAAGAAGAGAGAACAACUUGUCUCCUACAGCACUAAACAGAUUAGGUAAGAGUGGUUCUUCUUCAACUGAUUGCAUUUCAAUAUAUCAAAGUCUUCCUGAUUAUCUCGUGUCCUGUUUAGACUAUUGUGCUAUCGUUACUACUUGGAGACGCUUUCUUAUAGGGAAGGGUAAAAUGGUUCAGCUUUUAUUGGCUGAAUCUCUAAUACCAGAAAAAGGAGGAGAAAUCAUAGAUAACAUAGCAAAUAACAUUAUUGAGGAGUUGAUUGAUCUAGGUUUACUAGUGCUAACAAAAUUGGACUAUGGAUGGGCAGAAUUUAAAGAUUGGAAUAAAAUUAUAGUUCCUGAGCCAUUUAGAAUAUUAUGUCUUGUUGAGGUGGAUGAAGUGGAAUUUUUUGCUAAAGCUGCGAAUUUACCUGUUCGGGCUAUAAUAGAACAUGAUCGGAAGCACAUUCCACUUCCUCCUGACUUUGGAACCCUCCAAAUUCGGUCUCUAUUUUUGAUUACAAACAAUGGCUCUGAUUCUCAAGGCCUUUCUCGGGCCUAUAUGGCAACUAUUUGCAAGCUGCAAUAUUUAUUGGUGUUACAUUUUCGCGGCAUCAUAAAGAGAUUAUCUGAAGAAGUGGGUGAUUUGGUUCACCUGAGAUAUCUGUGCUGCGAUUGGUCAUAUCUGGAUGAACUUCCACAGACAUUAGGAAAUCUUCAAAACCUACAAACUUUGGAUAUAAUAUUAAGUAGACAGCUGAAAGAAUUGCCAUUACAAGUCUUGAAUUAUCAACAGUUGAGACACCUCAUGAUAUCCAAGACCACCUACAGGAACGGAGUUAGAGUUCCAAGUGGGAUUGGAACUUUCAAAUAUCUUCGUACGUUAGAUGGUGUAUAUGCAGGAGGAGGCAUUCUUAGUGAACUUAGCUCCUUAACCCAAUUGCAACAACUCGGUAUUACGAGUGUGUCUGAGGAUCAUAGCACUGAGCUAUUUCCAGCCAUUACGAAGAUGGAAAAUCUUAUCUCCUUGUCGCUAGAAGCAGAGAAAUACUUACGCGAUUCAUUUCUGCCAGAUUUGGAAUCAUUUUCCCCUCCACCUUCUAUUCAAGAUCUCAGAUUAUAUGGUCGCCUUUUUGAAAUGCCUGUUUGGCUUACCUCCAUGGAAAAUCUCACUAUGUUAUUUUUAGGUUAUUCCGACCUCUUAGAGAACCAAGCCCGUACUCUUCAAUUUCUUCCCAAGUUAAAGCUUCUUUAUAUAUGUAAUGCUUAUAAAGUAAGGUGCAUUGGCAAAGAGUUCUGUGAGGCAAGUGGGUUUCCAAAGCUUGAAUUUCUUGAGAUAUCAGAGGAUUUACUAGUGGAGUGGACAGAUAUAGUCAAUGGAGCUUUUCCAAGUCUAAGACGACUUGUAUUCAGCAACUGUUGGAACUUGAGGUUUCUUCCUGAAGGCUUACAGAAUAUUUUUACUCUUGAAGAAUUGGGUUUGUUCGGCGUGCAUGAAGACCUUGGAAGGCGAUUAUUGGGUGAAGAGAAUUACAAGAUCAAGCAUAUUUCAAAAGUCCAUAUUCCGUAAAACUUAAAAGUGAUAUACAGAUCUCGUUAGUAUAAUUAGUAACAACCCCCUUUCUCAAUACUUUACAAAUUUCACUGUUUGAAAUGAAUAUUAUAAAGUCGUCUGUUUGUAAUAUUAUAAAACGACAGAGAUUUUGAAAUUGAUUCUUCUGAAGCAUGAAGGAGUCUGUCAUAAA